UCUUCUCUCUUCUAAAAUCUAAAAGUCUCAUUGGUCAGCUCUGGUGGCUUAGACAACAUAGGAGCAGAUCCUUUCGUUCUAUGCUUGUAAUUAGUUUUUGUUAGUUUUCCUUCUUCAUCUUUUCUCUGCAUCGUACUGAUUUAAAGCUUUUUGUUUUUUUUCAGAGCUGGGUUUAUCAAUCGAUUUACUUUCAGAUGGUGUCGAUCUUGUCUGGUCGGCUGCAGGGUUUAUGUUUUAUCUAUCUUGCACAUCUGUUGUUUGGUCUUUGAUUCAGAGUAGUUGUGCCAUGCCAGUACUUGGUUAAUUCUAGGCUUGUUCUUUACUUGUCUCUACUUCAACAACGGUGAUAGCGUUGUCUUAGUAUUGGCGUGGUAGUGUGUUGUGAGCAGAAAAAGUCAAACAUCAAUCAUGUAGAAGAAAUUGGUUUCCUGACAUUUCUCCAUCUCCAGUUUGGAAGGAGCCAUGCUCUCAGUCUUUUAAUAAGUGAUCCUCCCAAUUUAUUUUCAUCCUCUCUCGUUUCUAGUGCUCAGUUCUUGGCAUCGUUCCCUCUCUUGUGUACUCUCAAUGCAUGAUUGCCAGCUGAUCAAAGAUUUUUGAUUUCUUUCUAUUAUCUUCAUCAAGAGGUGUUUAUGGCUUUUAUUUGAAGAUCUUUAGCUAUCGUUUUAGUUUUUGGUUUAGUCCUAGUCUCUUUUGUUUGGGAGUACGUUUUCCUUUUUUGGGCUAUGUUUCCAGAGAUUUCAAUGUGUUUAUUCAUGUACGUGGCUUUUGUAUCUUUGUUUUUCUCCUGUUAUCAAUUAAAUUGAGAUGACCAAAACAAAACCUAAUUUAAACUUAAGAUAAUAAGAUCACUUCGAGUAUUUACUAUAUUGACCAAAAGGGUCCCAUUAAUGUCUUAGUCUUCUAAAAUAUCAUUGGUUAUUUGAGUUCAACAUUUUCCACUCAGGAAAUUAAAUACUUUCGUUGUUAGAGACUUAGUCACAACCUGUAACAUUUAUUGGGCGAGACUGAAACCAUAGGCAAUGAUGAUGAGCCACACAACGAGUGUAGAAAGUAAUUGGCUCUCUACCAACAAAACAAGAAAAUAGCUACCACGAGAAAAGUUUUUCGUCAAAUAUUCUUUUUCCAUCUGACGACUGCGAGUGUGAAUUACUCUCCAGUUGAGCGCGUGACAAUUUGAAGAGAGUAUAGAACAUAAAAAAGACUAAUAAAGAGUCAAUAGAGCCCACGGAAACAUUUUCUCUCACCGAACCAAAACACAAUCCUCUCUCUCUCUCUCUCUUCCCUAAUCUUCCUCUCUAUCAUCUCUUCAAUGGAGAGAUACAGAGAUGCUUCAACGAAUCUGAUUCCAUCUCCUCGAUGCCACAACAACAACAACAGCUGCAGUAUGAGCAGUAGCACUGAGAGCAACAACAACAACAACAACAAACCACCAACAACUCCGACCCGACAGGUAACCACUAGAUCCGAAUCCGGAAACCCAUACCCAACCACUUUCGUCCAAGCCGACACUUGUUCCUUCAAACAAGUCGUCCAGAUGCUAACCGGAUCCUCCGACAGACCCAAACAACACAACACCUCCUCUCUCAAACCCAACCCGACCCAUCAAACCGACCCGAGAUCCUCUCCUUCCCAAUUCCCAAUCCCUCCAAUCAAAGCCGUAAACAAGAAACAGUCUUCUUCUUCUUCCUCAGGGUUCCGUCUCUACGAGCGCCGUAACUCGAUGAAGAAUCUCAAAAUCAACCCGUUAAACCCGGUUUUCAACCCGGUUAACUCAGCUUUCUCUCCCCGGAAACCCGAGAUCCUCUCUCCAAGCAUCCUCGAUUUCCCGUCUCUCGUUUUGAGCCCGGUCACUCCUCUUAUACCCGACCCGUUUAAUCGAUCCGGGUCAUCGAGUCAGAGCCCCGACGAUGCCGAGGAGAAGGCUAUGAAAGAGAGAGGCUUUUAUCUGCAUCCGUCUCCGGCGACAACUCCGAUGGAUUCAGAGCCUCGUCUUCUUCCUCUGUUUCCGCUGACUUCUCCUCGGGUCUCAGGUUCUUCCACAGAUUCUAGUUCUUGAAUGAAUGAAACCAACUCUAAUUUUUUAUUUUAAAAAGAAUAUCAUUUCCUUUGUGAUUUUUAAUUAUAUAUUUAUAAUUAUAAUGGGAAUUGAAAUGAAUCCUGAUGAGACUUGUGUUAUAUAUCAGAGAUGAUUGUAAUGCUCAGAUGAAAUGUUUGCCCAAGCCAACUGCGAUUUGAAAUUGUAUUAAUCUCUAAGGUGUUUAUUGGUUUCAUUGCUCAUA